CAACAGCUCGGGAGCUGCCCGGCCGCGCGUCCUAGUGACCGGCGCGCCCCCGCCGAAGCACUCUGUCACUUCUGAGCAGCCCGGCGGGUCCUGGGAGACAGCGGGUCUGGAAGAUGUUGGAUUUUUUACAAGACGCUGACAGAAACGGCUUUCCCACUCUCUCAAAGCUCUCCGAGGAUGAUGUUUGCACAAUAUGGGCUAGUGUGUCUGAGUUCAUUGAGCAUCAAAUGUCUCUGCAAAAGGGAGUGCAGGUGCCUGGGCUGGGAACAUUUACUCUGUCACGGCAAAAGUUAAAUGUUGGUAACAACAAAUUUACUCUGCUACAACGUCCAGUCUUCCUUCUGUCUGAGAAAUGUGCCCAAAUUCAUGGAUUAAAGUGCAACAAGAUAUUCACAACUGGAGAUAUCCCAAUUGUUCCCCUGAACUUCAUUGCCCUGUCUUUUGGGUGCCCCUAUAACAGAGACACCAUUGAGGGCUGUGUGAAGGAGACCCUCCUUGUCUUCUCACGCUCUGUUUCUACAAAACAAAAUGUGGAGUUUAGUUUUAAAGGUAUCGGAACCCUCAUCAUCAGGGACCUGAAAGUAAAGAUGAAGUUUUACAAAGAGUUUGUUAAUAGAAUGGACGGAACGGGGACUCUGGUGCAGUCACUGUCUAAUAGACCGGGAACGGCUGAUUCCGUGAUGUCGGCUGGAGAUGACGCUCCCCUGCGCCCUCGGUCAUGCGGCGCUCUCCUGUUCCCCAGGAUUGAACUGAAAGCAACAGACAAUGGAACAGCUAUGGAGACAAUUCCAGAGGAGACUAGAGACAUGGAGAGUGGGGAGGAGCCCAAGUUAUCUCAACCAAUAGAAAACGAACACGAGGCAGAGGAGCCAAUCACCGGCAGAAGAGAAAACUCACCAACUAAGCGCUUGCUGAACAGACAGGCUAUGGUGCCGGCACGAGUUACCGGGAUCAGCCUGAGUGAUGAUCUGGAGAAACUGAUUAAGCCAAAGACCGCUCCGGAAAGAUUGGGAUCAUCCCUUUCUAUGAACAUCCCAAAAAGUGAUCCUGAAUUCAACCAAGCAAAUGCCCUGAUAAGUACUCCACCGGCGUGCCUGGAUCACUGUCGUGCAGGACAGGAGCUGUGCUACUUGUGCUUGCAACGUGCCCAGAAGAACAUCCCCGUGUACUUCACAGAAGAGCGGAAACUGAAGGAGAAGGAGGAGGAGCGGAUAUUGCAGCAGUACCAGCACCUGAGAGACCAGGAGGCCAUACAGAAGUAUCAGUUGGCGUCUCAGGCAAAUCGGGAGCAAAGACAGAAAGAUGCAUUAUACAACCAGGGCAUCGCUGAUGCCAUCAGGAACGAGCGCAGUGUCAGAAGCACCGAUUUCUAUAAAUCCUACAUUUUCCAGAAAAGGCCGCUGACCCCUCCAGCGUUACUAAAACAUGAGCAGUUCUACCAGUCGCUGACCAAGCAGAUGGCUGACAGGAGAGGGAAAGAAGUGCGGGAAAAACAGGACCAGGACUUGCUGGGCAGACUGGAACAAGUUCAGCUUGCUGAAGAGUUGGCUGCUCAGAGGGCAAAAUAUCUGAGAGAGAAGACUGAGCAAAUGGUCCUAUACAAGAGCGCCCUGGACACCCAGAUGAAAAUAAAGCCCCAUUUUGUGCCGCCUCCUGACGCUGAGGAUACCCAGCCAAUAUUUGGCAGGAACGAUAUGACCAAUGAAAAGCUGGCAGUGAAGAAGAGGCGGGCCCAGGAGGUUUCCAAGCACCAGCUACAGACUGCGGCAGACCUGGAACGCCUAGCCAUACUGAACGACCUGGUGCAGCAGAGGAAGGAAGCGGACAUGUUACAGCGGUGUAAAGAACAGUUAUCGCUGGACAGAGCGGCUCAGUACGAGAGGACUCACAGAUUGCAUAAGGGAUUACAGGAAGACUGGUCAAAGAGCUUGGAAAUGAAGAGACUCAGGGACCACAACGAGGAACGCUUCAUCAAGGCCGGAAGCCACCUGCUCCUAGACCAGUUUGAGAAAUAUAAUCGUUGCUUUCAGUGUAAGAAACGGACGUCAAACUGCGGCGAGAGCAACGUGUGGCGGGAAAGCAGGUACAUACCGGGGUCUCGGCUGAUGGUGUGAGGACCUCUGGCCGCUAUGGACAGGACAGGCCUGGAUAUUACAUCAUGACAUGGGAUUGUGUGUGUGCCUUCUGUACCCAAUGUUACUAUCCGCAAUGAACCUGUCUACUUACUACUUCUGCUCCGUUAUAACACUUCCCUACCUCUGUCUGUGCUGUGGCCACCAGCUGUAAUGCAGAAUGAUUGCUGGGGACUGUUCUGAAGGAAAAUUAAAGCCUUUGAAAAGAAAAAGAGGUUUGAAGUCCAAUUAGUGCUUGUGAGCAAUGAUUGUCUUAUGCAUAAAUUAUAAUAAAGGUUUCACCUGCAUAUUA